UUACUUCGGCGAUUGACUGCAGAAUAUCAGCGUUUAGAGGAUUCUAAGCAGCAGCAGUGGCUCAGCUUUAGGGCUCGUUGCGAGCUUCUCGGUUCUUGCUCAGAAACAAAUGGGCCACCACUUUUGUCUACUGAACGAUACUUUACCCGCUCUAGUAUGCCACAAGAACCGCUGUUACUAGCGGCCAUUUUUCUGGCUGUUGUGCUCCACAUCUUCGCAGGUAUUGCCUGGCCCGACUCUCACUUCACUCUGGCUGCUCUACGUGUUAUUAUCUCAGCCUCUUUCACGUUCCUCCGUUCCACACAAGGUUUUCCCAGCCAACUCUCUUGCGAUGAGUCGAAUCUUCUGGAUGAUUUGCCGAAGGACAUUCGUACAGCUCUUGAUAGGCUGGAUAUAGCACCUGAUAUGGUGGAUUAUGCCUGCUGUCUUGCUUC